AUGGUUGUUACAUCUUGGAUCUCAUCUAAAGCCAGUUGUUCGGGCGUGGAACGAAUUACUCUAUCACGGACAAAGGUGUUGUACAAACAACUUUUGGCCUGGCUGCUCCAGGGCAACCUCUUCGAUCCCUAUGAAGAAUUCUUUAUCGUGCCUGCCCAACCUGGUCGAGGCCACACCACUCCGGGACUUCAUCCGCCGUCAAUGACCCAAGAGGACACCUCGACGUUUAAAUCCAAGGCCAAGCGAUAUCGCCUCAAGGCUGAAAUGGUGCCUGGGCAUAUCUCUUUGAAGCUGGCCGAAAAGAUAUUUUUCAUUGGCGAAUCGAUCCAACUCUUCGAAACCGACCGCAAAUUAGAAGUUCAGGGAUCCGUGCUGAGGGAGCGAGAGACGGAGGUGUACGAGAAAUUGGCUGCAUUGAGAGAUUUGAGAGAAUUUCGUGUGGUCGAAUUUGAACGGUUUGUGGAUAGUGUCCGAGAGACGGCUUCACGUCAUCUUCACUCGCUUUUAUUGGAACGUGCCGAUUUAAAGGAGGAACUGUGGAUUGCUCGAAACUUCUUCUUCUUGGGCCGAGGAGAGUUGUUCCAUACAUUUAUCUCGUCGGCUGAUGGCUAUUUGGAACAGGCUCCUAGUGCAACCACGCAACAUGAUGUCCGGCAAACCUUCUCAGCCGCUUGCCGAAGUAUUCUCCAAGAUGACGAGAAGAUCACCAAGAAAAUCAAAGUUAACGUCGUGAUUCCUAAUGGCGAUGAAUCCAAGGUCAAGCCCAUUGGCUGGAAGUGUUUGACCUUGCAAUACUCUGUGCCAUGGCCAUUGCAUUUGAUCUUGAGCGAAAAGUCUUUGGAGGACUACAAUCGAGUCUUUCAAUUUCUUAUCACCGUGAAACGAACCCAACUUCUCCUCCACAAAAUGUGGGCUCUUCAAAAAUGGCGAAAGGCCGAAAGUUUCUCCUUUGUCAGCCAAUUGAGAACGCACAUGAUGUUUGUGGUGGAUAAUUUACAACAGUAUUUCAUGGCCGAUGUCUUAGAGACCCAGUUUUCCGUUCUUCUGAAGAAACUCGAUCAGUCCACCAAUUUUGAGGAACUUCGACAAGCGCAUGAUAUUUUUCUCACCGCUGUGUCGACUCAGACUUUCAUAGAUAACAACGCAGUAGCUCAAUGCUUAAAUGAAUUGCUCUCCGUAUGUCUUCAGUUCUGUCGAGCAAUCGAGUCCAAUUCCGAGCAAAGCUUCUCGUCUUCCAAGGCUGUUUCGAGCCUAGCCUUGAUUUUCAGUCGACAGUCAGGGCUCUUGUUUCAGUUGCUUACCUCAUUGCGAAAUCAUCAUUCUGGAUCCCACCUAACUCAACUAUUACUUCGGAUCGAUUUCAAUCGAUUUUUCUCAACUCAUGGUCAUGAAGUAGCCAGUAUCGUUUAAUACAUUUCUUUAAUCUAAUGCUGAUCGUUUGUUUAAUAAUAAACGGUCUGGUGUUGCGUCCGAA